AUGGAUAACAUAGUUAGCUGGAAUGUAAGGGGGCUAAACAGCAGGAGAAAGCAAGGUGAUGUGAGACAGUUCCUGGUGUCUCAUAACAUUAAGCUGUUUAGCUUCCUUGAGACAAAGAUAAAAGCCCCUGCAUUAGGUGACUUUUAUCUUAAUGUGUGUCCUGGAUGGUGUAUAACCACAAACAAUCAGUGGCAUGGUAAUGGAAGGAUAGUUUUAGGUUGGCAACCUAGUGCCUUCCAUGUAAAUAUCAUAAAGUGUACAAGCCAACUCAUACAUACAAUAGUGGAGGUGGUGAAUGGUGGCAGGACUUUUAAAUGUACUUGCAUUUAUGGUUUUAAUGAGAAGAAGGGCAGGGAAGAGCUAUGGAGUGAUCUAAGACAGCUAGCUACUAAUGAUGAACCCUGGAUCAUCAUGGGAGAUUUUAAUGCUCUAAUGAGUAUUGAAGAUAGACUUGGGCAGCCUGUGAGAACUAGAGAAAUAGAAGAUAUGAAGGCUUGUAUGAUAGAUUGUAAGCUGAUGGAAGUGAAAGUGAGUGGGCAGUUUUUCACUUGGAAUAACAAGCAGGAAGGAAGGGAUAGAGUUUUCUGUAAACUGGAUAGGGUUAUGGGCAAUGAUGGUUGGAUUACUGACUGGCAACACACAGAAGUCGCUAAUCUACCAGAAGGAGAAUUUGAUCACUGCCCGCUGGUAAUUAGGUCUUUUGUGAAUGAAUCAAAGAAGAAGCCCUUCAGGUUUUUUAAUAUGUGGUGUCAAGCUGAGCAGUUUCAGGAGAUUGUAAGACAAGGAUGGCAAUGCAAUAUCUCUGGAACAAAGAUGUACAUGGUUGUGGGGAAAUUAAAAUUGCUGAAAAAAGAGCUUAAAAGACUGAAUGCCUCCCAGUUUGGUGAUGUAUUAGUGCAACAUGUUGAAAAAUACACCAAAAUGAUGGAAGCACAAACUGCUUUGCAUGGAAAUCCAAGUGAUAUGAGUCUUAGAGCUCUGGAGAAAGAAGCUAGGGAGGCUUAUGUAGUGGCUCACAGGAAUUACUCUUUGUUACUGAGUCAAAAAGCCAAGCUUAAAUGGCUAACUGAGGGGGAUGAUAAUACAAGAUAUUUUCAUCAAAGUGUGAAGCUUAGGAGGAUCCAUAAUAAAAUAAAUACAAUAAAGAAGGAGAAUGGAGAAUGGGCUGUUAACUCAAAUGAGGUGGCAAAUGCUUUUCUUGAGUUUUACCAGGGCUUAUUGGGAAGUGAAGGAAGGGUUAGGAAGGUGGAGAAUGUUAUAAUAGCCAAGGGGAACAUACUGGAUGAUGCUCAACAACAAGCUUUGUCUUUGGUGUUCAAUGCUGAUGAAAUUAAACAGGCUCUAUUUUCUAUACCUGAUAAUAGGGCUAGAUGGAUACUCAAGUUGCUUUUUUAA